AUGCCUGGACAGACACAAGUAGACGCCACCGAUGAUGCGGGAAAUACAGUGACUCUGUGUUCAUAUCGUCCCGCAUAUGACCGCAAACUAAGUGUUCCUCCACUCCAGAGGACUGCUGUCGAAGUGAAACGCGUCAAACUCUCCUACGGAAGUGGACAUAAAGCCAAGAUUAUACUCAAUAAAAUCAAUCUCAAUGUACCCGAAGCUAAUAUACUCGUCGAACUCGAGGAACACAUUUUGAAACACAAAUCAGAGCUCAGUGUCGAUGGAUUACUGGAUUGUGUUCAGGCGUUAGUCACUGAUUGUAAUCACCCGGCGUUGAGACGACUCAAAAAUAUUGAGGCAUUUCUUCAGAGAUAUGAAAAAUCAAAUCAUAUGAUAAUCAAUUGUCGAUCAAAACCUGAAGACUUUUCUGUGAUUAAAAUUAUCGGUCGCGGGGCUUUCGGUGAAGUCCAGUUAGUAAGACAUAAGUAUACAAAACAAGUCUAUGCGAUGAAACUGUUGAGCAAAUUU